ACCAUCAGUCGGUCGUCGAUUAGUUUGCCGGUAAUCAUCGUCUCGUGUUGUUGUUUAGCCAGAAGAAAUCGAAUUUCGUAGCAUCAAAACAAAGGUUUUACAGAAAUUAAACUUGUGUAUUUUCCUCAUUUUAUCAUACCGACGAUAGUGAAGGGUAAAUUCGCGAUUUAAUUCGAUUAUCCCGGAAUUGAUUGUAGAGUUCGGAGGUGAACAACGCCAUCGUGAGUGUUUUUCGGUUUGGUCGCGAAUUGUUUUGUCGUAAACCGCGGUUGUGAGAUUUGAAUAAACCGAACAAUGUCGUUCGACAACGUGGAUAAUUUGUUGCGCUCGGAUCAUACCUUGACCUGGCGUUCCGCCCCGCAAUGCCCGAAGUGUCAUCAAGCUUACAGUUCCAGCUACGUCCGGCAAGGAAUAUCUCGGCGAGCGUUUAUUUUGAAAUGUGAUCAUCUGAUGUGCGAACGAUGCAUAUCGGAUAUGGUACAUGGGCCAAACCAGGCGGCUGUUUGUCGAAUUUGCAACAUCCGUACCGUUUUGGAUAAGAAACGUCGCGUGUAUGACCAACUGCAGCACAGCUACCAAAUGCUGGGUUUCCUUUACCAGCGCCAACAUGCGAUUUCCCGUUUGGCGCCCGUCUCACCGUUGGGUCCCUUGGCACCGGGGGAAAACCGGGACGUUGAAGAAGACGACGAUAAGGAAUGCUACGAGUGUAAUAUAGCUCGUACGCGCCACUACUGCUACGAGUGCGGCAUAGCCCUGUGUCGGGAUUGCUUCGAGAAGAUCCAUCGUGUCGGGAAGAUUCUUUCGAAGCACAAGCUGUGCUCCUUGACGGCGAAAAAGUGGAUGCAGGGGGAUGUGAGCAUUUGUGAUGACCACAAGCUGACGACCGGUUUGUUCUGUACCAACUGUGAGGUACGUGUUUGUGUCACCUGUCGGAAUGAAAGUCACUCGUCCCAUUAUUGUGCAAACUUGGUGGACAUCAACCGGGAGACUCAACCGCGGCUGAAACCGCUCAUCAAGGAUUUGGAGCAGGCGUACGCAAUGAACGUACAAGGAAGAAAGGUGAGUCGAUCGGAACUUUUUAUCAUUUUAGUUGAAAAUAAUGAUUUUGAUUGCAUACCUGCCGGGCGCUUCGAAUAUAACCUCAAAUGUCAGCUGGAUGUGAUAACUGACAAUGAGGUGUGGAAUUGCUCACCCAUGAUAAAUCGAGAAUCUUUCGAGAUAAUGCACACUUUGAAGUCAUUUUCUAUGUCACUUGAUUGUAGGCAACUUUUAACAUAA